AUGUUGUAUUUGUACCUUGCCGUAGGAACAGAGGCAGUCAGCGCAGCUCUCGUCAAAGAAUCACAAGAAGGACAAAAGCCUGUCUAUUUUAUUAGCAAAUUUUUACAAGACGCUGAGCUUCGGUACCAACAGGUUGAAAAGGUGGCGUUAACACUCAUCUUUGCUGCAAGGCGGUUAAGGCCAUAUUUCCAGUGUCAUCCAAUCACUGUCAGAACAAAUCAGCCAAUCCGCCAAAUUUUGCAUAAGCCAGAUCUAGCUGGAAGAAUGAUGUCCUGGGCGAUAGAACUGUCGGAGUACCAGAUCGCCUACGAACCAAGAAUUGCCAUUAAGGCUCAAGCUUUGACAGACUUCAUCGCUGAAAUAACGCAAAGCCCUCCCCUUGAGAAUCAGGCAACAGAAACGCCUUCAUCUGGAAUCUGGAAGUUAUAUGUUGACGGCUCUUCAAACGCCAAAGCAUCGGGCGCUGGGAUGAUAGUUGAAAACCCAGACGGUGUAGCACUCGAACACUCUUUGUCUUUUGACUUCAACGCCACAAAUAACCAAGCGGAAUACGAAGCCAUGAUAGUCGGUCUGCUCCAAGCAAAAGAAAUGGGCGCCAGACGCCUCAAAGUCUUCACAGACUCCCAGCUGGUAACCUUUCAAAUCUCAGGCGAAUACCAAACUAAAGGACCGCUAAUGUGCAGGUACCUAGAAAAGGUCAAAGAAUUAAUUGGAAGUUUUGAAGCCGUUGAAGUGGAGCAUAUAAGACGAGCUGAAAAUACCCGGGCAGAUAUCCUCGCCAAAUUGGCGAGCACCAAAAGCCCAGGAAACAACCGAUCAAUAAUCCAGCAUAACAUGCCAAGCCCAUGCAUUGUGAUGAGUAUUUCAAACCCGCCAGAGGAGGUAGCUGAAGAAACCUGGACAACGGCAAUCAUCAACUACUUGGCGGAGGGAGUUUUGCCCCAAGAUAAAAAAGAAGGCCAAAAGAUAAUACAGCGAUGCGCGCAUUUCUGCCUAAUGAAAGGGCGGUUGUAUAAACGGGGGUUCUCAACCCCACUCUUGAAAUGUUUGGUCCCUGACGACGUUCAAUACGUGAUUGAAGAAAUUCAUGAAGGUAUUAACGGCCACCACUUAGGCGAUCACUCACUGGUAAAGAAAGCGUUAAGAGCAGGGUUUUACUGGCCAACCAUGGAGCAUGACGCCCACGAACAUGUCAAGAAAUGCGAAAAAUGCCAAAGAUUUGUUGAUAUACACAGAGCACCACCAGAAGAGUUGACGUCAAUCACAUCACCAUAG